AGUUUCAAAAGAGCUUCGAUUGCGGUAGGUUCUCUUUGGUUUGGCAGUAAUCGUCGGGUAAUCGUGAUAAUUACAAAAAAGAUAAAAAGCAGAGGUGAAAGUGAACGUGGUCAUUCAGCGUGUACAAGUUAAAAGCGAAGAUUAAAAGUGAAAUGUCAAAAGCGCUGACGGCGAAAAGCGAUGAAUACUACCAUAGGCAACUCGGAUUGAGCGGUAUACAAUCGUCCUUCGAUGGAGAUUCUCUGCCAGAUUAUGACGAGUUCGAUUCCGAGUCAGUAACGCUGGAAUACUUCAAGGAGAGACGCUGCUGCCGCUGAAGCUGCCAUCGCUAAUAUCUAAGAAUCCGUCGAGGCAUGUCGCUAAAUCAAUGCAAGCUCGAAGCCUCUUGUUUCCACCGCUGACUACCGAAUUACAAGUGCUUGUAGCCUAGAACUUCCGGCGGGAUAGUGUUUCAGCUGUUGCAGAGUGUGAUAGUUUGCGAAUCGGAAUGCUUUCGGUCUAGCGAAAAUCAAUUUUGUUGAAUGCAGUUUUCCUGUGAACGAACGACAACCGCCCGUCGCCGAGGAGGACCCAGAAAGAAACGAAAAGUGACCGAUUCUAUCAAGCGACUAGGGAUCAUAGGUACCGAGCUGAUCCUACCGCUUUAUCGAUAGAUAGUGUUGUAGACCUCGUCCCCGGGAAGGAAGAAUUGAAGCAGCGAUAAGACGGCUGUCGUUAAGCCAAGGGUUUCCAGCACAGAAGAAAAGCAACACCGAGCAGAAUAACCAAAGUGCAAGCAAAAGAAAAGACAAAUAAUCCACGUUUUCCUCGUUCCCUAUCCCCGGAGUUACAACUUGCGUAUCCGUGUUUGUGUUUGUUUUCGAUUGUGCGGUUUUCGUCUUUCCGCUUGUGCUAAGCUUACAAAACAAAAACAAUCCAUUUCGAGUGACGUGCUUUUCUUAUACAUAUUGCGCGUGUGUUUGCGUGUGAGUGGCUAUACAGGGAGUAACUUUUCCCAUUGGAGGGAUUUCCGAGCUUGUGCCUACAUAGGUAAAGGAACAAAGACGAGCAUUGACGAAACGGCGCGUAAACAGUGAUAACACAUCAAACCGGCUAGCCGACUGACCAACCGAGGGUUGGUGAGAGCAAAAAGGUCGUGCCGAUAAGUACUGAGUGGGACCAGUAGUAGAGAAAGCAAGGAGGACAACCCUGCCAGAGAGGUAGGCUGGCGGAAGGCAAAAAGGAACGGUUUCGCACAUACUUGCCAGUCGCCCGGAACAGCCCAGCACCAAACGGGGUCCCUCUCCUGACAAGAUGGCUCCAACGACGACGAUCGAAACUGUCACCAUCACUAGGCCACUCAAGGUAAUUGCCUUCAUCUGUGGCGUGAUAGUGGGCAUACUGAUGAUCUUGGCCCUCACAUCCACGGAUUGGCUGAUGGCAGAAAGCUGGCGCCAGGGACUGUUUGUGCACUGCAUCGAGGAAGACUACUCGCCACCACUGCCGUUCAAUCUGCAGGAUCCUGCCGGGUGCUACGCUAGCCGCGACGUCACAUACAUCAAAGCAACUGCAGGGCUGUGUAUCAUCACUCUGGUAACCGAUGUCAUAGCGACGAUACUAACUGGUCUCGGGCUGAACACACAGGACCACAACCGCAAAUACAAGUUCUACCGCGUGGCCGUACUUGUCAUGAUGGUGGCAUUGAUUUCGCUACUGGUGGCUCUUAUCCUGUACCCUGUGUGUUUCGCUGCAGAACUCAAUCUAGGAAACCGUCCGGUGUGGGAGUUCGGCUGGGCAUACGGCGUCGGCUGGGGUGCUGCCAUCUUCCUGUUCGGUGCCGUAGUGCUGCUCCUGUGCGACAAGGAGUCCGAAGAGAUCUACUAUAAGGAAAGGAAAAUAGUACACGACGCCUCGAUGCGAGACUAGGCCCGGCCACACGCCCUGCCCGAUGUUGUACUUUAGGCUUUUUAAACGAAAUCGAAAAAACUAAUUGUCGUUCACAAUCCUCUCAAAGAAAAGUGUUAUAGAGAUGAUAUACCAAUCAGAAAACGUGGAGAAACCAGUGGAAACCUAAUAACUUAGACAACAAAAUCACGCAAGAAGCUAAAAUCGAUACCUAAAUCAUAUUUGAUGUGCUCUAAACACCCGUAUGAAUGUUGAUUGCUAUCUUUGGAGCGUUCCCGAUUUUUGGCACUCGAUCGAUGAGCGUUGAAUUUUUGUUAAAAAAUAGUCACAAGUCUGCUUCUAAUUUGAUUUCGAAUUAUUUUCCGUUCCAUGCAGCAAGCCCAAUCAAUAAGUUGAUUGUCAAAAAAGUGGAUACUUUUUACAGUAUGAUAAAAAUCUAUACAAAGUUUAGACCGCACGAGCAAAUUUUGAAAACAAGUUUAUAGUUUUGUGUUUAGAAGUUAGGCUUAUCCGUUCUUACAUCUCUGGAUACACUCAAAAUUUAAUAGACCUGAAGCAAACCGAACAGAGACCCUGAAACAAUAGAAACCACCAGACAAGAGAACGACAACCAGUAGCCGAAGGAGAGCAGAAUGCGGAGAUUGAACGCGAUUUUUUGAGAAGUUAUUAAAAAGCAAUUAGAUAAGCCGGUAAACAUCAGCAUGUCGUCACGCAGCCGAAUUGAAGAUCUGAUUAGAAUUACGAAACGACCAACAACAAGAGCAGCUAACGCAAAUGAACGUGACAUGGGCAAGGGUGAGGCGCCGUAAAAACAACAAUGCUAAACUAGUUUAUACAAGAAACACGUAUUUAUUGAAGCAAAAAGAAAUUAAGGAAUCGACUCUAUUUAUACAACAAUGUUUUUCCAAAAAAAAAAACGAGUUCAAUAAGUAUAUGAACGGAAUCAAGUGGAAACAUUUGAACCGAAGGAAUUCAUUAGCGGACUAUGCAACUACUACUACAAUUACUAUUGUAAAAUAUUUACUCAACAAAUUGAUAUUUGUUUAAAGAAAAUUAUAAUUUGUGUUAUGAUAUUUUAAGGUAUUUUAUUCUGGGAUAUGGAUCUUAGAUGAAAAUGUGGUCUUUCUUAUACAAGCGAAUACUAUUGGACAAAUUUUCUACUCUUAACCAUGGACACAGAUAAUAUCUUGUAAAAACACAUCCCUUUUUGCAUCACCGGGAACUAAGAUUUACAGUAACCUUAACUAAACCAUACAUACACAAAAGUUUCAGGAACAAGAUACUCAUUUACAGAUGAAUAACUAUAUCCCGCACUCCAUAUCGAACAGUUCUAUCAACAAAACAACAAUCGCAAAGCAACACACUUUUACACAUCUUACGGUAGAAGGUUACUCUUGAACUGCCUUCCGAUUACAUUGAUCGUGUGGUAGUUGACACAGAGACGAGUUUGCAAACGACUUAUUCGGUUCAACAAAGACACGUUCGGAACCACGACUUUAAAAUAUAUUAACAAACAACCGUCGAAGGUUCGCAUAAAUAAUCAAAAUCAUAUCCACUUUUUUACGAGAAAAAUAAUAUAAAAAGUUUGAAACGAGGGUGAUUCUUCCACAGGCAGAUCGUAUCGAGUGUAGACAGGUUUAUAGUAUUAAUCAUUUUAUACUUGCCCCCUUUCCCAAAAGUUCGCAGUAGACUUACAGGAACGUGACGAUUAGAAUAACAAGAUUGUAAUGAACAAAUAAUCAGCACAAAUCAAACGAAAUCAUUGGUCAUGCAUUUUCUUUUUUGUUUUUGCAAUCUUAGUUCUACUGUAGUGAAUACAGACUGUGUUCGUUCUUUGCAUAAUCAUUGUCCAUUUCUGCGCUAACAAUGUUACGUUGUUCUAUUCAAACAUUAAUGAAUCUAAAUUUCUUUCAUCUUUCUCGAAUAACUGUUAUUUGCUGUACAAUACCAACAACUAAAC